GCGGAGGAGGACUUCCGAACAAGGCAGCGCUUCGAUUAGCACGAAUCCUACGGCCGUCGGCCCGCAUUGGCGUCGCGAACCCUAGUCUAGUCGUCCGUGGGCAGCAGCGCCAUUUGCCCAGCGAGAUGCCAUGUGAGCCGGUCCUUGACGCGGUUCGUGGACGGUCCGAGCCCCUCACAAGCCACGCAUCACUGGUGGAGUUGGCGCCGUUGAGAUUUGACCAUACACUGGUUUGAGACGGGGUGACUGUGCGACGGUGACAGGGGUGCGAUUCAGGAUUUCAUAUGAAAGACCCCCCAUCACCCGCCUUUCUUUCCUCCUCUCAAUCAUCUGCGCUACACAAUUUCAGCGCCCAUGUGUGGAGACGAUCGUGUAGAAGGGUUCAUUGAACCCGACGCCAGCGACGUUGACUCGGCAUUUAGCGACAACAACUCUACCGUUUACACUGAGAGUCUUCGCUCGAGUUUCCUCCAGAGUGUGCGCGAAAAUGGACGCGGCUACCACAAGUACUCCGACGGAAAGUACUUGAUUCCUGAGGAUGAGCAGGAGCAGGAGCGCCUUGACAUGCAGCACGAGAUCUUCUUGAUCACGAUGCACCGCAAGCUGUACCACGCCCCCAUCUCACCUGAUGUACAGCACGUUCUCGACCUUGGCACGGGCACUGGAAUCUGGGCAAUUGACUUUGCGGACCAACACUCGUCGGCCCAAGUCCUGGGCAUCGACUUGAGUCCAAUCCAGCCCUCGUGGAUUCCUCCAAACUGCAAGUUUGAGCUGGAUGACUACGAGAAACAAUGGACCUUUGUGCAAAAGUUUGAUUUUAUCCACGCUCGCAUGCUCAUGGGCUCCAUUGCCGACGAGAAGAACCUCUUUAGGCAGGCGUACGACAAUCUCGCGCCAGGAGGCUGGAUCGAAAUGCAGGACUUCUCACUGCCAGUCCGUGCUGACGACGACACCAUGAAGGGGACCGCCUUUGAAGAGCUGAACACCAAGUUCAUGGCAGGCCUCGAAAUGAUUGGUCGCGACGGCAGAGCGCCGGAGAAGUAUAAGCAACUGCUGACCGAGGCCGGGUUUGAGAAUGUCGUCGAGCUCAGGUACAAGUGGCCGCAGAACCAGUGGCCCAAGGACAAGCACCUCAAGACGCUGGGGCAAUGGAAUAUGGUCAACACCUUGGACGGGCUCUAUGGAUUCUCGGCGAGACUAUUGACGCAGGUUUUAGGAAUGUCCAUGGAAGAGUUGGAGACGUUGCUUGCGAAGUGCCGGGAUGAUAUCAAGAACCCUCGAAUUCACGCGUACUGGCCCAUUCUUGUCACUUAUGCGCAGAAGCCACUGGCAGCUGAAGACAGGGCAGAGGUGUAAAUAAUGGCAGACGUAGAAGAGGGCUGAUGAUGCCUACGAUGUAUGUUCGAUGUGUGCACGAAGCAAUGCCGGAUUUAUUUUCUCGAGUUACAUGAGGAGCUAUUGAGCCCCCAAUCCGCUCUACGGAGUACUUUACUCCAAAUCCACAUCCUCAUCAUCAUGAAACACAACGGUCCCCCAAUUCGGGCGAUUGAACCUCUUCCCCUUGGGUAAAGCCAAGCGAUCCAUCGCCUCCAUCUCCUCACUGGAGAGGACGAAAUUCCCCGUCAAAUUCCUCGCAAUGCGCGCCGGAUUCGUACUCUUGGGAAUAACACUCCACCCCUUUUGGAUCCCCCAAGAGAGCAUCACAUUCCCCGCCUCAACCACUCUUCUCUUUGCAAUUUCCACGAUAACCGGAUGUUCAUGCAACGUACUCCCCGACCCCCCCAACGGCCCAAACGCCGUCUGAUGGAUGCCCUUGUCGCGACAGAACGCAUGCAACUUAUCCUGCGGAAGAAGCGGCUGGAUCUCCGUCUGGUUCACGGCCGGAACGACCUUGGCAGUCUCUAAUAACUUGGUCAAGUUAACCGUCGAGAAAUUCGCAACGCCGAUGGCCUUGACCUUGCCGGUGGAAAGCAACUUCUCCAUCUCGCGCCAGGUAUCGCGAAAGUCCCACCCGACGGCGUGCACCGUUCGAUCCUCCUUCCCGUAAUUUUCAUCAUUGGGCGAUGGGUCGAGCGUCACGGGCCAGUGCAUGAGGUACAGGUCG